CAGCCAAUAGAGCAGCUCUCCGUGCUCAGCAAAUGGCGACACCUGAGGAGUCACUGGCAUUCGACAUAGAGACAAACUGAAGAACAGUCGCAACGGAUGCUACCAAGAGCAUUAAUUAUUAACAGUUGAAAAUGUCAGGCUGUGGUCUGCAGGAGGUUGGACGGGAGAACAGCACAGCUCUAGUAGACAUGUACAACAGCAGUCACAGUGUGGAACAGUUCCUCCACAGCCCUGAUGUCAUGAUUCCACUGUAUGCCACCAAUAUUGAAGACCCUCAGGAAGAACUAUGCUUCUCCUUUGACAUUGAUGGCGUUGUCCUGGAAAUUUCUGCACUGGCUGCAAUAAAAAGUAGUGUCCACUACUUGAAGAUGCCACAUUUUGAAAGCAGGCACCUGAUCCACAAAUUCCACCACCUGAAGAAACACCUACCGCUUCAAGGCCUCAGUGGGAAUGCAAUGAAGUGUCUGCGCGCUAUGCUUGGAGUCACCCUUGGCCACGUGGAUGGGGGCUACUUCUUGGACCUGGCAGCAGUACCUAGGGACCUGAAACAACCCGACAUGCGCCUAGCUGACGAAAAAUGGCUUCGAGAGGUUGUAUUGGAAAUCCUCAAUGCCAUCCGAGCCGAUUUUGUGGCCAAGCUGAGAGCAUUGCCAGUGAGAGAGAAGAGCCGUCCCACCAUCCAGAAGAACUCACUGUGUCAGCUGGACAAAAUGAACAUUCUGGCGCAAGACCAGGAGUUCAUUCUGCAAAUCCUGGAUACCUGCAUUCAGAGGACAGUGGAUAGCCACCACUUUCGUAUUAUCGUGACUCUGCAGAAAUACGGCAUGAAGGACCGGAGGACCAUCAACGUGGAGGAAAUUGUUGACACCGCUCACAUAACCUCCAUGUCUGUUCACGCAGCAUGCAACGUCAAGGCCAAGGACCAGAACGUUGCCAUGUUGUGGUCAAGAUCUGGCCUGCAAGACUUGGUGGGCGUGCAAGGGAGCCUCUUCACAGCCAUGGGGAUGCAUGAGGCUGUGAAUUUUCAAACAUGCACUGACCAUCGCAUGAUGGACAUCAGCAGGGAACUGCGUCAAUUGUGUGUCCCAGCUUCCAUCAUCUUUCUCCAACUGUAUGUGGACUCACCCCACCUUCACAUCAGAAACCCAUUCAAACAUCCAGUGAGUGGAGUAAUUGCCACCUGUGGACUCUCUCAUCCGCAGUUCUGGAAGGCCAUGACGUCAAGGGCCAUGGGAUACCUAGACCACAUGGAGGAUCUGGCAGAAAAGAUGCUGUGCCCAUUUGUCCUGAGAAUGGAGCAGGUGGCUGUUUUUGGUGGAUCACAAGGCAUUCCAAGCAUGCUGGUCCCAGCAGAGUUCUUCUCCCUCAGGAAGGUGAGGUACUUCUUUUACAAAAAUCCAGUGGUUAUUCCUAUUGGAAGAGCAGAAGAUGGCCUUACCCUGAUGGAAAUCCUCCACAAUGUUGUCAUAUUCCUGGUGAGAUCCCUCAGGCAGCUUUUCAACCAGCACGCCAACGUGGGAGGGUACAAGCCCAGCUGGCAGGCCUUCCAGUUUGAGUUGGCCCUGGAGGAGUUUUUCUACGGACAUCCCCUGUGUCACACUGACUACCAGCUCACUGUAAGCCUGGGCACCAGCUCCACAAACCCCAACAGCCUGACAAAUGAGAGAGGUUUCCUUGGUCUUGCGCCGUACAACAGCGCAAGUGUCGGAGAGACCUCUCCUCCACUGCGACACUGGACCCGAGAUGACCUCCAGGUGACCAGGAUUGAAAGGCUGUUCCCUCUCUCAAACACCCUUGAAGCUGAGCCACCAGUUAUAGGAGCUGCAUUGGUGUUUGUCUUGCUGGGGGACCUCUACAAGAGGAAUGACAGACUCUCAAUACCAAUGCUGCAAGGCCCACAGUGUCCUGGCACCCUCAAGGGCCAUGUCACCCUUGAGAAGUUUUGCCAAGAGCUGGCCACCAGGGAUGCAUUCCCUCCUCCCUGCACCUUCCGACGCGCCAGAGAGCUUAUCACCAGAGCUGGCAAGGAUGUGAAAACCUGUUUGGAGUCUGGAUUCAUUGAACAUAACAUCAGAUUCUUUGCUGAUGUGAAGUUCAGGGACACCAACAAAAGCAAGCGCAUCACAUGGAAUUUCAAGGAUUACGUGGAGGUCCAUCCUGAUGAUCAAGCGCCGUCCCUGGACAGCAGAGCUGCGUCCAUGGUAGGGGACAUUUGCAUUGAGAUUGAGAGGAGAGAUCUCGCCUACCCCCGUAACACUGAGCGCUACAGGGAGCAUGGAAUGCCCUGGCUACUUGCCGUGAUGAGACGCCUGCCCGCCACUCUGGGGAAGGACAAGACAUUCAAGGUCCUGACAUUCAUCAGCUGUGUGGCCCUAGUCAUGAAUGGGGACUACAUCAGCUACCAACACCUGGCCACCUUGAUGAAGGAUAUGCAGAUGGCACAGUCCGAUCUCCAGAAACUGCAGAUCCAGUCACAGUUCCUCCUGCCAAAGGUAUACAAAAUGAGCAUCUGGAGGCUGCAUGACGCAAUACCUUGGAGGAUGGUUCUGAGGAGGAACCCGCCAGCUCUACCACCUCAAAAGAGGCCAGAGGAAGAGGUCAUUAUACAGCCGUAUGAAGAUGUUCAGGCAGUGGAUGAGGCAUAUCAACAUACUCCCUGCACCUCCAGGAGCAAGUUUCUGCCGGACACCAAGAGGACGGUUUGGUCUUCCAUGGAGAUGUCCUUCGUGAAUCUGGACACAGAGACAAGCAUGGAAGAAGCUUAUAGGGACUACCUGGACAAAUGCAAGAGAGCUGACAUUCCAGCGAGGACCAAAACGUCCUUUAGGUUCAAACGGAAGAAGAUGACUGAAGAUGAUUAGCAUCAGGUGGAUUGCUGUUGGACUCCUCCACCGACCAGUCUCCAGAAUCAUUCUCAUGAGAGCCCCAACCUUAGGUGAACUGAAGUGGUCCACCACAGAGGGAGGACUCGAUAGCUACCUCGUCACACCGCAAGUGUCGGAGAGACCUCUCCUCCACUGCGACACUGGACCCGAGAUGACCUCCAGGUGACCAGGAUUGAAAGGCUGUUCCCUCUCUCAAAGACCCUUGAAGCUGAGCCACCAGUUGCCACUGUUAAAGUUUGGACCAUGAAUCCUGCCCCGUCGAGCCUUCAGCGCCACAUAGGUCACAAACACACACGGAGUUGACACUGAAGGAGAGGGCCUCCUUAAUCCUCAGGGCCAAGUGGAUAAAGUUCAUGCAGCUCCUCUCCUCUCUGAGGGCCACCAGCCCCACAACUUACCCUGAUGGAAAUCCUCCACAAUGUUGUCAUAUUCCUGGUGAGAUCCCUCAGGCAGCUUUUCAACCAGCACGCCAACGUGGGAGGGUACAAGCCCAGCUGGCAGGCCUUCCAGUUUGAGUUGGCCCUGGAGGAGUUUUUCUACGGACAUCCCCUGUGUCACACUGACUACCAGCUCACUGUAAGCCUGGGCACCAGCUCCACAAACCCCAACAGCCUGACAAAUGAGAGAGGUUUCCUUGGUCUUGCGCCGUACAACAGCGCAAGUGUCGGCGAGACCUCUCCUCCACUGCGACACUGGACCCGAGAUGACCUCCAGGUGACCAGGAUUGAAAGGCUGUUCCCUCUCUCAAACACCCUUGAAGCUGAGCCACCAGUCAGUGUCAGUCACCAGCCCCACGACAAUCAACAAAAAUAAUAUGACAUAAGUGUUAUAAUGAAUGCUUGCAUAUCUCUCUCUCUCUCUCUCUCUCUCUCCAUCUCUCUCCAUCUCUCUCUGCCUCUCUCCUCCUUCACGUCCUCUCUCCUCCGCUCCCUCUCUAUAUGUAUGCAUGUAUGUCCCUUAAAUGCAUGUUACUAACUCAUUCUGUGUCUCUCAUGUGGCAGGUUGCCACUGUUAAAGUUCGGACCAUGAAUCCUGCCCUGGUCGUGCCUGCUGUCCUGGUCGUGCAUGCUGCUCUGUCCCUCUGUCAUUUGUGAUAUUGCGUUGUGUAAAAAAGUUGGAUUUGAUUUGAUUUGAUGGUUGUGUUCUACUUUGAAAUAAAUGUU